GUUAGCCAGUUAGCUCGCUAGUGAGCCACGUAACAGAUAACGUUAUAUCUGCACUGGAAACGUUAACAAACUUUCUAUUCAGCCAAAUCUAAAAUCUGCUUGUCGCAAAAAAACGGUUAGCUAACUAUGAUUCGGUAUAACUAUAUAUAUAACUUCGUUGAUAGCCACCUAGCUAACUACCGCAAAAGUAUAGCUGUUAUUGAUUUAAAGAUAAAAAGACUUUGAUUAAAAGAUAGCUAGCUAAAUUAAUGCUUGAUAAAAUAAACAAAUGUUGCGCCGAACCAGCCUGGGUCAGGUCCUUCACAUGUCAAAUUGCACAUAGUUCUUUGUUUUCUGAAGCCGUAACCUGCCUUGCAUGUCAGUCGGACAGCCCUGUUAUUAAUACAAUGGGUGCCGCUGCACACGGUGUGUUGUGUGCAGAAGUCGGGCAUGCCCGGGCAUAUCCGUCCAAACUAGCAGUCAAUGUGCCGCCGCGUCCCCGCCGCUAGGUAACAGACAGAAUGGCAACGGAAAAUUGUUUGAGCAGUUCCCAAAUGAACGACGAGAAACUAGUAAGAGCCAAAGUGCAGCUGCAGACUCUGCUGCAGCUUGCAGGUGCCAACAAGGACAUUUUCACCCUGAAGGAGGUCAUGUUCUACCUGGGGCAGUACAUCAUGAGCAAGCAGCUCUACGACAAGAGGCAGCAGCACAUCGUGCAUUGUGCUGACGACGCCCUGGGUGCCGUACUGGGGGUGGACAGCUUCUCAGUGAAGGAGCCCCGAGUCCUUUAUGCUAUGAUCUCCAAAAACUUGAUCGCUGUCAAAAACCCAGAUUCCCAAUCUGCAUUCACAGAACCACGGAGUCAGAGUGAGCCGGACCGAGGGCCCGAGGAAACGGACUCGGACUCGCAGUCAUCUACCUCAGGGCGGAGGAGGAGGAGGAGGAGCAGUGACCCUGCAGGAACGUCCACGGAGUGCGAGGCGAGCGAUCGGCGGAAGAGGCAAAAGUCGGACAGCUUCAGCCUGACGUUUGACGACAGCUUGUCCUGGUACGUGAUCGGCGGCCUGCGGCACGACCAGGGGAGCAGCGAGUCUUUGGACUCCAGGAGCAAUACUGAAGUAGGUGUUUCUGGUUGCGAGGACUCGGACGAGAGCGUUAGUCAGGACUCCGACUCCGACUGCGACAACUUCAGCGUGGAGUUCGAGGUGGAGUCCAUGGACUCAGACGCCUACAGCGAGAACGACGAGGCGUCGGUGGUGUCGGACGUGGAAGAGGUGUACGAGGUCACCAUCUUCGAGGGCGACGACGAGGACUCCUUCGACGAGGACACCGAGAUCACGGAGGCAGACUACUGGAAGUGCUCCAGCUGUGAAGAGCUGAACCCCCCGCUCCCCCGUCACUGCAACCGCUGCUGGACCCUGCGGCAGGACUGGCUCCCCGACCCCGAACCCCGAGCCCUGCCCUGCAAGCCCUCCCCCCCCGACAGCGGCGCGGAGGAGGGGGCGGACCUCCCCAGCAGUGACGCGGAGGAGGGCCUGGACGUCCCCGACGGCAAGCGGCCCCGCUCCCCGCUCGCCACGCUGCCCCAGGAGGACUCGGCCUGCGGCUCCCAGGAGCCCCAGUCCCAGCCCUCCACCUCGGGCGCCGGCAGCGCCCCCUGCAGCCAGGACGAGGCCCCCGAACUGCUGCGCUUCAACAGCCUGGAGGCCUGCCUGCCGGCCAGCUGCCUGGAGCCCUGCGUCAUCUGCCAGAGCCGGCCCAAGAACGGCUGCAUCGUGCACGGCCGCACCGGCCACCUCAUGGCCUGCUACACCUGCGCCAAGAAGCUGAAGAACCGCAACAAGCUCUGCCCCGUGUGCCGGGAGCCCAUCCAGUCCGUGGUGCUGACCUACCUGAGCUGAGCUCCCCUCUCCUCCUCCUCCUCCCCCCCCCUACCAACAGCACUGAGACCCUCACGCUCGUGUACACCAUAGAUAUUUCUGUUUGUCUGUUGAUGCUCAAUAAAAAGUUGAACUGUAUGUCAAAAGCGAGGUACCUGUUCUCACGUUUGCUCCAGAGUGCAUCUGUUAGACGAGGCACGUGUUUGGUUGGGCGCAGUGUGGCUGUGGACCAAUAGUUAGGUUGGUUGCCCAGCAACAUUGCCCGUCUUACAACUAUUUAGUUUGUAUUUUAGAGAUUAAUUGUUGCAAUGUACUAUAAUAAAACCGUCAGGACAUAAUUUAAUCUAAAACAUUUAUCCUCUAUCCUUGUGCAUGAUACUAAUAAUAUGGAAGAUGGUGCAGUAAAAAUGGAAGGGAUUUUUGUUGAGGAGAGAUCCACCUUCCCAACAGUAAAGGGUCCUGAUGUUUAAGCUGUUAAAGGGCUAGAUUUCAGACCUGCACGUCUCGAGAUAGAAUGCCGGAGCACUCACUGUUUUGCGUAGUCGCUGAUCAUAAUGAUAUUUAUUAUUUGUUUGUUUCGCCUUGCACACGCGAUGAAAAGGCAGCCUCACAGGGUUAAUAUCGCGCUUCGCUGAAGUCGGCGUGACAUUAGCCUUUUGUUGUUCGCUCUGUCUGCUGCCCGGAGAACGGCAGGUUACCAGGGACCUCUUUAUUAAAACUCAGGGAACAUGCCCCAACCUGUCUGCCACCCAGACUGCUGUCUGGCUGCACCUCGCAUCGCCAAAGCACUGUUCUUACAGGAGCUCAGAGCUCUGUAUGCCCGAGAAGCCAAAGGAUUGUUUCUCUUUCUUUUAGGGGGUGGAAGGGCGGAGGAGUUGGGUGGCUCUUCUUGGUCGAUGAUGAUCCUUCAUCUCCUAUUAUCUCGGAAAUUUUGAAAAACCGGAAGCAAUGAAAAGCAUUGGAAGUGAUGUGGUUUUAUUUAUGUUUUUGUGGGGUAUGAUAUAUAGUGGGGUUUUUUUUUUAAUUGUUUUUUUUUUUUAAGAGUUGUUUGCUGUGGGGUGAUUCAUUUUGGGAUGCGCUCUUGUAAGGGGGGGCUGCAUCCUUUUUUUUGUCAGAACACACUUUCAGUUUCCAAGGUAACUAGCUCAUCUCUUACGAUACGACGCGUUGCAGCUUCAGAAAUUAAACUAGGCACACCUCAGUAACUCCUAAAAUUCUGUCUUUAGAGCAAACUGUAACAUGAAUUUAUGAAAUUAAUAACUCUUUACCUGUUGGGUAUAGAAAAAUGUUACAAUCGGAUGUUAACUCCUUAGCCUGUAUUCACACGUGAUGUCAAAGCUGCUGUAAUUUUAUUUAUUCCUCCGUUGCUUGGAGCGCCCCCUCCUUGUCAAAUGAUGUAAGUAACAACAGGUCCUUAACGGAGACUUAAUGGUUUAUUAGUAGAGUCAGGGGUGUUACUGCUAGGUUGGGGGAAAAAAGCCUGCAUUCACACCAGCCCUUCCUGUGUCAGAUUGAGUGAUCUCUGAUGUAGACCCAUGUGCUGAUUGGUCCAUAUUAUGGGAAGCAGAAUGUUAAUUGGCUGGAGCAGCUUUGCUGGUCACGUGUGAAUGCAGUCUGAGACGGGCUGAUUCAGUAACGACGGGACUGCUGUGGCGUCUAGGGAAUGUUUACACAAAUCGUAAAACUGCACAUGUAUCUUUGUGAAUUCCUCUUCAGAUGCCUUACAUUUGUGAUUAAGAUGUAAAAAAAUUUAUAUAUUUGUAUGCUUUAUUUUGUAAUUAAACAUAGAAGUUGUGGAUUAUUAUUAUUCUUUUUUUUUUUUUUUUUUGCACCAUCAGUUUUUCAGUUCUGUCUUAAUCUGUGUAUGUGCAAUCAUUGUACAUUUUGCCUGGUGGUGGCCUGAUUCAGUCACUGAAAAUAUUUUUUUUUCAAUGAAAACCCUUUUUCAAUAAUUAUUGAAGGCUUUUUUUUUUUUUUCUGUGUUAAUUUAAUCUUCACAGUGUUUGUAACACGAAGGUUGGGUUCUGUUAUGUGCCUAUUUAUGUAUGAGGUAUAUAUAUAUUUUGUCUUUAUAUGUCUGUAAUGUAUAUCUUCGUUGUCAGUUGUAUUUGUCAAACACACAUUAACUGUGUCUAUAGUUCUUAAAAUACAGGUUGUAAAUCAUUAACCUUAGUGUGAAAAGGCACAUACUGUUAAAAUACAUAAUAUUUUCACUUUUGAAUUCACUCAUUCGAGUGACAAUGUUAAACCACUCCAGUUGGUCUACUACUAUUAUACGUGGCCAGAAUUUUCUCUGCACUCAUAACACAUUGUUUCCUGGUUGAAUGUUCCAGAAUGUGUCUUUCAAAAGUAGCACAUUUUGUAAAUGGCAGGCAUUUUUCUAGCGCCUUUAUCCAAAGCGCUGUACAAUUGAUGCUUCUCCAUUCACCCAUUCAUACACACACACACACACCGACGGCGAUUGGCUGCCAUGCAAGGCCCCAACCAGCUCGUCAGGGCCAUUUGGGGAUUAGGUGUCUUGCUCAGGGACACUUUGACACAGCACGGGCGGGGGAUCAAACCGGCAACCCUCCGACUGCCAGACGACUGCUCUUACAGCCUGAGCCAUGUCUUUGUUGCUGACGGUGCUUCAUUAACAUUCUCACCGUCUUGUUCCUACAUGCUUAGUGAGUGGAAUACGACGUGCUAGUUCUGUGCAUGUGGAUUUCUAGUUUCUCAAAGACAUGUUUAUGUACAACUGAACUACCCCUAUUUUGAUUUAUUCUUAAAAUAUUAACUUUCUCUUUGUGACUUUUUGUUCAGUGAUUUCCCUUUUUCUGUUCUGGUCACGUUCAAAGUGUGUUCUGAGUAUGAUGAUUUUUCUGUUUCAUUCUGUUUUGCCAUGUCUGCUGUUGGCCCUAGAAAUAAAGCAUGUUGUUUUAUCAUU